ACACAUUACACAAUCUCUUUUACACCUGUGAUGACAUUUUCUCUCUGCACGACUGCAGCUCUAUGAUCACAAACAGGAAGCUGAUUUUAUUUCCUUCACCGCUGUCUUACAAAAGAUUUGGAAGAGAGUAAACUACAAUACAGAGGAACAAUGAGCACCAAACAUCAUCUUACAGUUUUAUUCUUCUGUGGCUUUAAUCUGCUCGCUGUUUCUGCACAGAUAUGUAAGAAGGAUCUGCUGGAAGGGCAAACCUGCACCCUUAAUCUGGAGACGAAAAGUGGAACAUUUAGUAAGAUAGAAUGGAUCUUUACCUCUGGUACUAAAACACUUAAAGCCCAGCGUAAUAAAGAAAUGAAGACUAUAAACAACAUUCCUGAUGCAACUAUUGAAUCUGACGGAUCAUUAAAACUUCAAAAUGUUAAAUUGGACAAAAAUGGCAAAUAUAGAUAUGAAAUUUAUGAUGACCAAGGUAAAAAAACUGCAGGUAUUGAAAAGGAGAUUAAAGUUUACGCAAAGGUCACUAAACCCAAAGUGAAGUUUACAUGCGUCAAUGGUACUGCUAAACUCACCUGUGACGUUCAGAUGAAAGAUAUAACUAUAACCUGGAUUCAAGGAAAAACAGAAAAAAAAGAAAUGAAGGGUGAAGAUAAAGUAGAUCUAAUCCGUACAUCAACACAAAUAGAACAAAACGCAGAUUAUUCAUGUCGUGUACACAAUCCUGUUAGCAAUGAACAAAGUGAUGUUAAAACAAUAUCAUGUGGUGGUUCAUUUUUAGGUCCAGGUGGAAAGCUCUUUGGCAUUGACUUCUGGAUAAUGAUUGGCAUUCUGGCAGGUGGUGGAACUUUACUUCUACUGCUCAUUGUUGUUCUUGUGGUGUGUGCGUGCCGUAGCUGCAAUAAACAAGAGAAAAUGCAAGCCGAAGAAGAGGAGCUCAGACUGCGUAAUUUUCCCAGUCCUAGUCCUUCAAACCAACACAGAUCCAAAAAUACCGCACGAGGACAACCAGCACCCCCCAUUCCUCAAGAGGAUUCCUCUCAAAAUGGCCCAACCACACAAACCCCACCUCAGACCCGAGCUCAACCCAAAGCCCAGGUCCGGGCUCGACCUCCGCCUCCUCCGCAGGACGAGGAUGAGGAGGAUCCUCCUCCCCUACCUCAACCGAGGAAGAAACGUGAGAAGAGGCAUCAAGAACCCUACCGACCAAUGGAGUAAAAUGACACUGAAACCUGAUGGAGUGACUUUUAUUGAUUUGCUGAUGGUAGGGCUGGGAGGAAUGACCAAAAUCUGUUUCAUGGUAUGAGUGCUUUAAUUUCACUAUAAUGAUAUACAGUAUAUCAUGAUUUAAUUGGAUGAGAAUAGAAACCCAAACCAUGUUCAAGACCACAGAUGUCACACUUCUUUUUAAAAUAAGAUCCUCCUCCUGCUUGGGGUUUGUUUAUGGGACUUUUUUUAAUCUAUGUGUUUAUGUUUUUCUGUGUUUCUUUGUCACGCACCGUUAGCCACGCCCACUUAUUUACAUACCGUAGUAAAAUCUUUUGUAGUUGACAUUUUAUUUCAUCAUAAAUGUAAACAGCUUUAUACCGCCCAUCCCUAGUUGAUGUUAUGUGUAGGGGCGGUGUCUCUAGGGUGACCAUACGUGCCAUUUACCCCAGACACGUCCUGGCCAGGAUUUCGGGUAUGUCCUCCGGAAGUGGCAUUUGGCAAAUGUCAUCGAGGUACUCACAUUUCAGUUAAAAAUAUUAUAAAAUUAAGAUUGAAUUCUCUUAAGCAUAGGUGUCAUUUACACUGGGAACGUCACUGUCCCCACCACUUUUUGAAAUGGCUAAUUUUGUCCCCACCACUUUUUGAAAGCAUUUGGUUAAAAUGUUCUGAAAAAUCAAGCGACCCAAGAAAUAUUAAAGGUUUAUUUUGCACAAAAUAAAACAUGCAAUGCAGUUUAGAUACAGAAAGAAACAAUGUAUAUUGCCCAAAAAAAGUAACUUAAAUAAAAGAAACUAUUAAUAAUUCUAAAAUGACCCAAAAACAUGCAUGUGCCGAUCAGUAACUUGACACAGUUUCUUCUUGUCCAAGUUAUAAAUUCUCUCUCUGUAAACAUGCUUCUCUCUGCUUCAGCAGAUGAGGCAGAAACAGCGGGCAACAAAUGCAGAAGUGCCUCAAAUUUACCACAGACCUCGGGAAUUGUUGGCUAUUGCUAAAAAUAUACACAUGUGAUUUACGACUGGUUUUGUGGUCCAGGGUCACAUAUGUUGCGUUGUAUGCUUAUGCCCUUCUGAAAAAUCCAGCUAAGCUCAGCAUAAGCUGGUGAGCUGGUUUUAGCUGGUCUCCCAGCUUGGUUUUAACUGGUAUUGCUGGUGUAGCAAGCUGGUCAAGCUGUGUUUUUGGUCGCUUUUUAAGCUGGUUUAGCUGUGUUUUGAUCACUUCUUAAGCUGGUCUAGCUGGACAUAGCUGGUCAUGCUGGAAGACCAGCUGACCCACCAGCUUUGCCAGGCUGAGAGCACCAGCUUAGACCAGCUACUGCCACCUUAAACCAGCUAAAACCAACUACCAGCUUAUGCUGGUCUUUGCUGGAUUUUUUAGUACGGGUGGUGUGUUUUCUUUUACAUAUGUAAUGAAUUUCAUUGUAAUCAUUGACUUAACACGGUUUUCUAGUGCUCUGGCACUGUUCGGUUGAGCUGGUGUUGCAGGGACUGUUACAUGCACUGUAAAAAAUACUUUGCUGCCUUAAAUUUUUGGUUGAAUCAGCUCGGAUUUACAAGUCAUUUCAACUUGCUAUUAUUUAUCUUGACUAGAGGUGAGUUGUUAUAACUACAGGAUAGUUGUUAUGACUUGUGUUGACUUUUCUCAACUAUAUUUUAUAAGUUAUGACAACUCAUCUCUGUUGACAUGACUUGUAAAUCUUAGUUGAUUUAACAAAAAUUUUUAAGGCAGCAAAGUUUUUUUACAGUGUGUGCAGUCGACAUUGUUGAGUAUUUCGUGUUGUUGACUGGCCUACGCUGUGCCCAUUUUUGAUGCGCCGUUAUUCAAUAUUUUUCCCCGUCAUGCUGUAAUGUUUUUUCAUCUGAUCUUUUCAACAUUUUUCAACACAAACUGACGCCCCUGCCCUUAAGACAUACAAUCAUUGUAGUUUUAUUUUUUUUCUUAAAAUGAUGACGUAUGCAGUCAACCAAUGUGUCCUCCCGAAGAGGUCCGGGGAAAUUGGCACGUAUGGUUUUACCCCUAGGUGAAAUGCAUGUUUGAGUUGGCUUAAUUAAAAAAAAAAAAAAACUUGUAUUGACACAUCAUAACAUAUAUCAGUGCCAUUGUUUGUCUUGAUGUACACCAAUAUUGUUUUUUGUAAAGUAUUUUUAUAAAAACUACUUAAAUGUCCUAAUAUAAUUAACUAAGGUCUAGUCUUGACUUAAUCUUAACUCCACCAAGUAUUUUUUUAUCACGUUGUGGGACUUACGUAAGAAAAUAUGAGUGUGUUGUUGGUCUAUAAGCAGCUCAGUACGUCAAUGUUGUAUAGAAAUAGGUUUAUUAUAUUUAUAAAACAAGCUAUUUUUGGGAGUUUUAUGUAUUUAAAUAUACUGCAAAGUUUCAGUUUGACCUCUGGUUUAUACGUCUGCCUUUAACUGAAAGCCGGAAAUAAAGGAUGUGAUGUACAAAUGCCUACAAUAUUUCUGUUUAUAUUCAAAAUAGAAGCAAGACCUGUUGAACUGAGAUUUUGGAGCACACUGUAUGUUUAAUGUACAGAAGUAUUAUGAGUAUUGUUAAGUAUAGCAUAUCCACGGCAAACAAAAGGGGAACAAUGCAAAGCAGGUUUGCGUUUCAUUUCUUGUGCUGUUCGUGGUGACGUUUUCAUAGUUAAGAUCUUAUGUGUGAAGUUUUGAGGGAAGUGGUUAACACGGCAUCUCACUAAACUCACUGUGACACAUUAGCUUUUUCUGCAUUGUCUGCUGUUUUCCUGUGUGCGUGGGAGAUGGAAGCUACAUAAAACCUCCAAACACAGAUAUGCAUUCAGAUCAGCGGAGAAGGAGAAUUGGUUUGAAAGAUUAUUCAUGUCAAACACUUUUUUCAUUAUAGUUUUACGUACUCAUUAUGCGUUACAGUGAUGUUCAAGCCGGCGGCUAGAUGAUAAAAAUUUAAUUAGCCAAAGAAAUAAAACUGAGAAUGGCCACGCCCUAAACGCAAUUGCAAGCAUCCAUUCAGGUUGUAUCUGUAUUUGAAAGUUGAGCAAGACGACAGUUUUACCGUGAGUGGGCGUGGUUUCAGUGCCAACAGCGGACCUGUAAGCAUACUUGACAUUUUGUUCGUCAUUCAAAUUUGGCUGGGUUGUUCAUAUUUUUUUCUGUGGUGUGGCAAAUUGAGAACACAAACUUUAAAUGCAAGUCAUUUCUUUGACAACAUGAAAUCACUGAGCGAUAAUGAAAUUCAUGGUGUUUUGAAUGACUCCUACUGAAAUUCACACUGGGCGUCAACGUUAACCCUUCUCAUUUACUUUGAAUGGAUGACAAAUUUCUCAACUUCUCAAAUCGUCAAAGCAGGCGUCAGACAAUUAGAUCGCCUUCUACACAUAACCUAGUAGUGCAGACACUGCCAAUUGCAUUUAUCCAAGAAAGGAGACUAAAGGAACAUAAAAAUGAAGGAAAGAUAAAUCAUGGCAGUGGGUAACAUUACAGUACAUUUACACGGGGCAUCAGCGUUAAAACUUGACGUAGGGCGACUUUGAAGCGUGGCCAACAGCCAAUCACAAUGGGCCCAAUCACACAUGCUCCUCUUUUUGCAUAAGGCAAUCUGAUUGGACAGUGGCGUGACACCGAUAGAUCCACCAUUCAGUUCGCCAAUGCAUGACGUCACCAAUUCAAAAUAAAUGAGAAGUGUUAAAGUUGACACCCCGUAUGAAUGUACCGUUAGACCUACACCAGCUAGCACAACCAAACCAACCUUUUGUG